AUGGUUUCAUUCACGUCACGCAACAAAUGGGUCCAAGCGGCCGCGCUGACUCUGCUGGUCUCUGCUGGUUCUGUUGCUGCGGAGACUUGCAACCCGCUCACGUCUACUACGCAGUGUCCAGCCGAUAAGGCUCUCGCUGGGUCCAUCAGUGAGCAGUUCUCCGAGGGUGCCUCGAAAUGGUUCCAGGACACCGGGAUGCCAGGGAACAUCUCUUACGGUUCAGACGGUGGUGCGACUCUCACGAUGCAGAAGCAGGGGGACAACCCUGCGCUGCUGUCCAGUUUCUACAUCAUGUACGGGAAGGUAGAAGUGACGAUGCGUGCUGGUGCAGGGCAGGGGAUUGUCUCGUCUUUCUUCCUACAGAGUGACGAUCUCGAUGAGAUCGACUUGGAGUGGAUAGGCGGUGACGGGACCCAGUUCCAGAGCAAUUACUACUCGAAGGGGGACGUCACAACGUAUGACCGUGGCGAGUUCCACGGCGUCUCGUCCCCACAGACCACUUUCCACACGUACACUAUCGACUGGGCCCGGGACAAGACAGUUUGGUCCCUCGACGGUGUCCCCGUGAGGACACUCACGAACGACACGAGCGAGGGGUACCCGCAGUCGCCGAUGUAUAUUAGGUUGGGGAUCUGGGCAGGCGGUGACCCUACUAACCAACCGGGCACGAUAGAAUGGGCAGGUGGACUCACGGACUUCACGCAGGCUCCUUUCUCCAUGGACGUCUCGAAGAUCGUCGUCGCGGAUUACUCCUCGGGGGACGAGUACGUGUAUGGGGACAAGUCGGGGACUUGGCAGUCCAUCCAGGCGAAGAAUGGUGCGGUUUACGCUAGGUAUAGCGAGGCACAGGAAGAAUUUGCACAAUUGGCCGCGGGUGGGAGCAUCGAGCACUCGUCUACGAUCCAACAGUCGUCAACGAGCAAAGCGAGUUCGACGAGUGUGACGAGUUCAACGAGCAAGGUAACUUCGACAAGCAAGGCAACCUCGAGUGUGCACUCAUCUGCUGCUCCAACUUCAACCUCGACUUCAACAUCCCCAAAGUCAAGUGCCCACACUUCCAGUGUCGUGUCUACCAAGUCUACUAAGAAGUCCAGUACUCCCGUAUCUACCAAGAAGUCCACUACAACGACGCCCAGCUCGAGACGCACCUCCACGCUGACGCCGACGACAUCGGACACGGCCCCCGCUGAACAGCGUGCUGUGUCCUCAGCGACGUCUGAGACGCCCACAAGCUCAUCUGCAAGCUCAUCUGCAAGCUCAUCUGCAAGCUCACCUGCGACUUCAUCUACAACCUCCGCCUCCUCCACGGCAAGCGUCCGGGCAUCCACUGGCGGCGCCGCCCCCAUCAUUGCAUCCACACCCGCCUGGCAGAUGCUCGCAGCAGCAGCAGUCGCCGCAGCGGCCCUCGUGUAA